AUGGAGUGUCUCCGUGGCUACGCCACCCUCAUAAAACGUGCGCCUGUGAAGCUUCCAUGCGAUGCGCAGAGUGGCGGGAGCGCGCCGCUGCAUGGAAGCUACCCGUGGUACGCCGUGCGCCAAGCCUGCACCGCUACGGCUGCUGCGAGCGGCAAUGCUGUAGGCGGUGGCGGCAAGGGCCACCCGACGCACACCACGUCGUCAGCUUCUGCAGGCGUUUCAGAGCUGCCCAACAAGUUCAUCUACGCGCCUCGACUCCGCUACACGGCCCCGUGGCGCAGCAAGCAGCUAACCGACUUUCUCGCCUGCAAGGACGACGUCGCCCUCUCGAUCGCGCACACGUACCGCAACCCGGACACGGACGUCACCGUCACCCUUAUCCCACUCCGACAUUUUGCUCACCCCGAAUUCUUCAAGCAGGUGGACGACCUGUGCAACCAGCACGAGUCGGUACUGAUGGAGGGCCGCACCCCGCUCAGCAGUGCUCCCUACUCCACGAUGGUGCCGCCGCGAGAGAGGGUCAAGUGCACGCGGCCGAUGGAGCACGAGGAUGACGAGGGCUGGGAGCCGCGAGAGGUUGAGAGCUUCUUUCAGCCCUUCUCGUGGGGCGUCAAGGACUCGCCAAAUCACACAGUGGUGCAUGCAGCGGACAAGUACGACUACGAGAAGCUGCCUUGGUGGUGCUCCGUGCGCUUCAACGCGCCUGUGCUCGGCAGUUUUGCUCGGGAGCAGCACUGCCUUAACAUGAUCUACCCUCUCCGCGAAAAUAUGUACAAGUCCUUUGCCAUCCCCUGGGGGGCCGCCCACAUGCCGGUCUUUCACGAGAUGCUGCUCGACAACGGGUUCGAAAAUGUUGGCAUGUGCUCCCUCCUCGUGCUGAGCCGCACGGAUGGCAUUAUCAGCGAGGGUGAGUUCAUCAAGAUGCAGCACUGGCAGCGCAAGCGUGCUCGUCGCGUUUGGUACCUGUACGGCAUCGGCCUCGUCUCCCUGUGGCGGCUCCUCUAUGCGCACCUCACUAUCGACUACCGCAGCGGACCACGGGAGAUGUAA